AAAAUAAUGAUCUUUUUUCAGCAACAGUGGAUAAUCCAUCAAAUGCGGUUGAAUGGGCAAUUGCGGAGAUGAUAAACCAACCAAAGAUAUUCGAAAAGGCAGCAGAAGAGUUGGAUAAAGUGGUUGGAAAGGAGAGACUAGUCCAAGAAUCCGACCUUUCACAGCUUAAUUACAUCACAGCUUGUGCAAGAGAAGCCUUUCGCCUCCACCCUGUUUCGCCAUUCAAUAUUCCUCAUGUCUCCAUUACCGAUACAACAGUUGCAAAUUACUUUAUUCCGAAAGACAGUCAUGUUAUAUUAAGCCGAGUGGGUCUCGGCCGGAACCCUAAGGUUUGGGAUGAACCACACAAGUUCAAACCAGAACGCCACAUCAAGAAUGAUGGGUCUGGAGUGACACUUACUGAGCCUGAUUUGCGUUUCAUUUCAGAUUUGCGUUUCAUUUCAUUUAGCAUGGGAAGACGCGGGUGUGCAAGGGUGACAAUGGGGACUUCAAUUACUUUGAUGCUAUUUGCAAGACUUCUUCAAGGGUUUACUUGGAAUGUCCCUCGUAACGAGACCAGUAUUGAUCUUAAAGAGUCUGAGAGUGAUCUAACACUUGCUAAGCCAUUGGUUUUACUAGCAAAACCACGCUUGCCUGCGUAUGUAUACGAUCAAAUCAUGCAUGAUAACUAAGAAAUGACAUAUAUGGAUUUGAGCCUUUAAACUUCUAUUUCAUAUUAAGCCAUGCACUUUUUGAUCAUUAAGUUAAUAAGUUAUUAGUCUGAUCAGACUAUCUAAUUUGUAUUUUUCAGGUUUUUUUUAUCUUUGAGCAGCUUUAUCCAUAUGUUUAGAUUUGUAAACUUCAUAUUUUAAGAUUAAGCAGCAAAUAGAAAAUCCCUUAAAUGCAUAAAAAGCUUGACCUAUCAUGGUCAUCUAUUGACUUGAAA